AUGGCAAGAGGCCCAAAGAAGCAUUUGAAGAGAUUAGCAGCUCCAUCCCAUUGGAUGUUGGAUAAGUUGUCCGGUGUCUAUGCUCCUAGACCAUCCCAAGGUCCUCACAAGUUGAGAGAAUCCUUACCAUUGAUUGUCUUUUUGAGAAACAGACUUAAGUAUGCUUUGAACGGUAGAGAAGUCAAGGCUAUCUUGAUGAACGAACAUGUCAAGGUUGACGGUAAGGUCAGAACUGACACCACUUACCCAACUGGUUUCAUGGAUGUCAUUACCUUGGAUGCUACCAACGAAAACUUCAGAUUGAUCUACGAUGUUAAGGGUAGAUUUGCUGUUCACAGAAUCACUUCUGAAGAAGGCUCUUACAAGUUGGCCAAGGUCAAGAAGGUCCAAUUAGGUAAGAAGGGUGUUCCAUACGUUGUUACACACGAUGGUAGAACCAUUAGAUACCCAGACCCAGCUGUCAAGGUUAACGACACUGUCAAGGUUAACUUGGCUACCGGUAAGAUUGAUGACUUUUUGAAGUUUGACACUGGUAAGUUGGUUAUGGUUACCGGUGGUAGAAACUUGGGAAGAGUUGGUGUCGUUGUACACAAGGAAACUCACCAUGGUGGCUUCGACUUGGUCCACAUAAAGGACUCCUUGGACAACACUUUCGUCACUAGAUUGAACAACGUUUUCGUUAUUGGUGAAGAAGCUGGUAAGCCUUGGGUAUCCUUACCAAAGGGUAAGGGUAUCAAGUUGUCUAUUGCUGAAGAAAGAGACAGAAGAAGAGCCCAACAAGGUUUGUAA